GCAGGAGGGAGGAAGGAGAAGAAAGUCGGUGCUGGCCCACAGACCAGUGUCCAGACAUGUACAGCCGGGGCCUGGUGGCAGGGCCGGACUUGGAGCAUUUCCGUCGCCGGUACUUCACCCCCUGGGAGGUGGCACAGCACAACGUGCCCGGGGACCUGUGGGUCUCCUACCUGGGGGCGGUGUACAAUCUCACAUCCCUGGUUCAGCAGUACAAGGGAGACCUGCUGCUGAAGCCCAUCCUGGAGGUUGGGGGACAAGACAUAAGCCAUUGGUUUAACCCAAAGACCCGAGAUUUAAGGACGCACAUCGACCCGGUGACUGGCUGCCUCAAGUAUUACACCCCUCAGGGCCGUUUCGUCCACGUCCCACCCCCUCUGCCCCGCUCCGACUGGGCCAAUGACUUCAAGCGUCCCUGGUGGGAGGGCACCCGCUACCAGGUGGGGCUGCUGGCCACCAAGACCCGGCUCAUCCGCAUCAUCAACACGCUCACCUCGCAGGAGCAAACGCUGGAGGUCGGGACGGAAGAAUCCCUGUGGGAGAUCCUGCACCGCUACCUUCCCCACAACGCCCACGCCGCGAGCUACACGUGGAAGUUCGACGGCGUCAGCCUGGACAUGAACAAGACGCUGGAGCAGAACGGCAUCCACGACGAAGACCUGGAAUUCCAGCAGCUGAGCAUGGACGCCGAUCUCUACACCCCGGCCCUGUUGCUCUACUUCAACGACGACCUCACCGAGCUCUGAGGGACGACGUCGGCGGCGGGGAGCCAACUGAGGGGAGCAAGAUGGUGCCGGGGAGGGUGG